UGCUGUUCCCAAUUCACCCUUUUCGCAAUGCGUUGGUUCCAUCUUCUCUUGCUUGGGAUCUUCCCAAUAGCCUAUGCUUUCUCCAAUGACUGCCCUUCCUCCAUGUGUGGAGAUAUGGAGAUCAAAUUCCCUUUUACUCUUGAAAGCAGCUCCAAUAGUUGCAGGACAGCAGGAGUGAGUGCGAAUCUGUCCUGCUCCUCCACCAACGAGACAAUUAUCACCCUCCCCUCUUCAGAAUCUUACAGAGUAACAUCUAUUGACAUUUUUAAUGGGAUCAUUAUUGAAGUUCUUCCAUCAACAUCUUCGAUUAGUUGCCCAUGGAGAAGAGGCAUUCAAAAACGGCCUAACGUCAACUCCUCUAUUUUCGAUGUCGCUGUGUCCCGUUUUGUUCUAGUUAACUGCACAACCAAGCUAAGCUUGCAGGCUGACAAUCAUGACGUAGUUGGGCCAAUUUCUUGCCUCAGUGAACAAGGUUCGUUUGUUUAUGCUCUGGGUGAAUAUGAGAGAAUUGACAUACUUCCUCGUUCAUGCAUCGUAAUAUAUACCGGUGAAGUUCUUUCUGAUUAUACUGGUCAACCGAUACAAACUAUAGCGCAGAAGAGCGUGCAAGGACAAAGGGCUGCUUUGUAUCCGAAUACAGAUGAGAAUAUUCAGGCUUGUUAUUUAUGUUCAUAUGAAGGGAAAAAUUGUGGAUAUAAUAUCAUAAGGGAUAAAAAAUUUUGUUUUCCCGAAGAUUCUCAUGGUUCACAUCUUGUUGGUAAAGGCGUUGCCAUUGGUACAUCUCUUGUGGUUUUUCUGAUUGCAGUUCUUGUGGUUCUAUACUUUUUCAAAAAAUAUAUCAAUGAAAAACAGAAGCGCAUAAAGGUGGAAAAGUUCCUUGCAACCUACAAAUCCACAACACUAACUCGAUACAAUUUCUCUAAUAUUAAGAAAAUAACAAAGAAAUUUAAGCAUAAGCUAGGUCAAGGAGGAUUUGGAAGUGUCUACAAAGGUGAGCUGACUAAUGGAAUUCCUGUGGCAGUUAAAUUGCUAGAAGCAUCUAAAUCCAAUGGCGAUAAUUUUGUCAACGAAGUAGCCACUAUAGGAAAAAUUCACCAUGUCAAUGUAGUUCGUCUCUUAGGUUUCUGCUCAGAUGGAACUAACAGAGCCCUAGUAUAUGAGUUCAUGCCAAAUAACUCAUUGGAAAAAUUUAUUUUCUUUGGUAAAUCAAAGAAGAGACAUGAAUAUUUCAACAUGGAGAAGUUGCAGGAGAUUGCAAUUGGCAUUGCCCAAGGGAUCAAUUAUUUGCACCAAGGAUGCAAUCAAAGAAUUCUUCACUUUGACAUCAAACCCCAUAAUAUUUUGUUAGAUUAUGACUUCAAUCCAAAAAUUUCAGAUUUUGGCCUUGCUAAGCUCUGCUCCAGAGAUCAAAGCAUUGUGACAAUAAGUGCUGCAAGAGGCACUAUGGGAUAUAUAGCACCAGAAGUCUACUCUAGAAACUUUGGGCUUGUCUCUCAUAAGUCUGAUGUAUAUAGUUAUGGAAUGCUUCUGCUAGAAAUGAUCGGAAGGAGGAAAAAUGUUGAUCCUACAAUUGAGAACCUAAGUGAAAUUUAUUUUCCAGAGUGGAUAUAUAACAAGCUGAUCAAUAACAAUAGCUUGGGUAUAGCCAUGGAAAUGGAGGGCAAUGAAGAAAUUAUGAAAAGGCUUGCCAUAAUAGCACUUUGGUGCAUACAGUGGAAUCCAUCAGAACGUCCAUCAAUGAGCAAAGUUGUUCAAAUGCUCACAUCAAACUUUCAGAGCUUGGAGAUGCCCCCAACACCAUUUGUUCCUUCUUCUGACCAACCUGGCAAUGUUUAUGUCUCAACCAAUCAUGAAGAUCUUUUGGAGGUCCGCAUCUCAACCAAUUAUGAGGAAAUUUUGGAGGAUUGAUUAAUUACUUCAUAUUUUGGCUUAAUGAAUCUUUCUGUUUUGUUUUUAUAAUUAUUUUUUAAUAAAAUCUAUUUUAAAUAU